AGAGCGCUCGCUUUGCAUGCGAGAGGCACGGGGUUCGAUCCCCCGCAUCUCCAGUUUUUUUCUCCCCUCCAGAACGGCAGAACCCCGCUUUGAUCUAUUAUUUCCGUCUCUUCAUCAAGUCAAUCUGUAACCUUACUCUCUUCUGAAACAUAACAAAUCUCCUCCCAAACUCUUUUUAUUCCACAAAAGGGCAAAGCCCAGAAAAUUAAAUUCCAACCAUGUCCCCUCCAUCAACACUCACCAUCACAACACACCUCACUCUCCUCACACUCCUCACCGCCGCCACCUCGUACCUGUUCUACAAGUCUCGCCGCCUUAAACUCCUCAAACUCCAAUCCUUAAACCCUAAUUUCUCGCCUCGAAAACCCAAACUCAUCUACGUCUCCCAAACAGGCACUUGUAAAACCCUAGCUCACCGUCUCCACGCUCUAUUAGCUUCCAGUAAUCUGUUAUUUGAUUUAGUUGAUUCGAAAGAUUACGAGCCGGAGGAGUUGCAUAAGGAGAGUGUUGUUUUGGUUGUUGUGUCUACUUGGGAGAAUGGGAGUGCUCCUAGUAGUGGGAGGUUUUUGGCUGAUUGGCUUUCGGAGAGUGUGAGUGAUUUUCGGGUGGGGAAUUUGUUGCUUAGUGGUGUUAAGUUUGCGGUUUUUGGCGUUGGGAGUAGAAUGUAUGAUGAGACGUAUAAUGUGGUUGGGAGGGAGUUUUCCAAGGGGAUGAGGGCGUUGGGAGGGGCCGAGGUUUUGGGGUUUUGUGAAGGGGAUGUGGAUGGGGAGUUGGAUGAGGUUUUUGAUGCGUGGAGUAGGGAUGUGGUUGGGGUUUUGAAAGGGGGUGUUGAGGGGAAUGGGGGGUUUGUUUGUGAUGCGAGUGAUGACGAGGUAGUUGAUGAGGAUGAGGAUGAUUAUGACGAGGAGGAGGAUGUGGAGGGGGGUGAGGAGGGGAUUGUGGAUUUGGAAGAUCUUGCGGGAAGAGGACCUUCGCGGAACUUUGUUGUAGAGGUCAAGAAAGUUAAUGGCAAAGUGAACGGGGAAAAAGAGAUGGUAACACCGGUGAUUAGAGCAAGCUUGGUGAAGCAGGGGUAUAAAAUCAUCGGUUCGCAUAGUGGUGUUAAACUUUGUAGAUGGACUAAAUCACAACUGAGAGGACGUGGAGGUUGCUACAAACAUUCAUUUUAUGGCAUCGAGAGUCACAGAUGUAUGGAGGCAACCCCGAGUUUGGCAUGCGCCAACAAAUGUGUGUUCUGCUGGAGACACCAUACAAACCCUGUAGGAAAGAGUUGGCAGUGGAAGAUGGACGAUCCAUUAGAUAUUGUAAAUACUGCAAUUGAUCUGCAUACAAAAAUGAUUAAGCAAAUGAAAGGAGUGCCAGGUGUCAAGGCUGAGCGCUUAUUAGAAGGCCUUUCCCCUAGGCACUGUGCCUUGUCACUUGUUGGGGAACCUAUAAUGUAUCCUGAGAUCAACUCGCUUGUGGAUGAACUGCAUCAACGGCGAAUAUCUACUUUUCUUGUAACAAAUGCACAAUUCCCUGAAAAAAUUAAAGCACUGCGACCAAUAACUCAGUUAUAUGUAAGCGUAGAUGCUGCAACGAAGGAGAGCCUGAAAGCAGUUGAUAGGCCGCUCUUUGGAGACUUUUGGGAGCGUUUCCUUGAUUCCCUUAAAUCUUUGAGGGAGAAGAAACAGCGAACCGUGUACCGCUUAACGCUAGUAAAAGGAUGGAAUACUGAGGAGAUAGAUGCAUAUUACAGCCUCUUCGAUGUUGGCGAUCCUGACUUCAUCGAAAUCAAAGGCGUCACCUACUGUGGAUCGUCUGCUACAUCAAAGUUGACUAUGGAGAAUGUUCCAUGGCACGCUGAUGUAAAAUCUUUUUCAGAGGCCUUAGCUGAAAAGAGCAAAGGAGUUUAUGAGGUUGCUUGUGAGCAUGUACACUCAUGUUGUGUUCUUCUGGCAAAAGUAGACAAGUUUAAGAUCAAUGGCCAAUGGUAUACAUGGAUAGACUAUGAGAAGUUCCACGACCUGGUGGCUGCGGGAAAACCUUUUGACAGCAAGGAUUAUAUGGCCCCCACACCUUCUUGGGCUGCAUAUGGAGCUGAGGAAGGAGGAUUUGAUCCGAAGCAAAUCAGAUUCAAGAAGGAACGGCAUCACAAGGCAAAAUAAAUUAACUCCGGUAGUUUUGUAAGAAACAAGAUCAAAUGGUUAUACGAUGUUAGUAUCGGUUGCUAGAUAGUUUCUAUUUUCUAUUUUCCGUCAGAUAUAGCCAUAUAGGCUUUGUAGUUUGUACCUUACAAGAGUAUCUUGGUUAAUUCGAAAGAAACAAUUUUGCAUA